CCAGCAGGGGGCGGUAGAGAUCACAUCAGCCACGUAGGGCCCGCCAACUACCACAGAAGAAGAAAUCAGCAACGGCGGGAGCUGAAAGUUUGAAUCACGAGAGGAAAAACAAAAACGCCACGAUGGCGCAGUGUGCCAAAUUUCCAGACUUGGAGGAGACCGGAGAGGAUCUGAUUGUCUUAAUCAACAGCACUGAGGUUGAGAAGCUGAAGCAGGUGAAGCUGGAACAUCAGGCCUUCUUUGAUAAACACGUUGAAACGAAGAAUCUCGUUGCACAGAUUUUUCAAGACAUGGUGCAGACUGAGGAGAGCGUCAGUCAGAGGCUGCUGGACACGGAGGAGGAGGUGAAGAUCAGGGUGAAGGAUCUGGAGAACCUGGAGGAGCAGCUGAGUCAGUGCACGGCCAAGAGUCAGAUCGCUGACUCGGAAAUCCAGUUUCUAAGAAAAGAGCUGGACAACCUGAAAAGCACAGAGCACGAACUUGAGACUCUUCAGCACGAGGUGGAUGAAGAUACCACAGAGGUCAUCCCGUCAGCAGUAUAUGUGGCUCAGCUGUAUCACCUAAUUACCAAGAUCAAGUGGGAGUACGAAACACAGCCCAGCAUUUUAAAAGGAGUGCAUUAUGGUCCCGACCUAGCAACUCCCAUCAACAUCGACACGUCUGCUCGCUCUCGGAGCGACGUCAGCGACCAGCUGUGGAGCUUCGUCAGCACCGACUGGUAGCUGGACGCCCGGUUAUCGCUGCUGUGUGUAACACAAGGUCUUAAAGCCUCUACAGCCUCUGAUGUAGUUAGUCUGCAGCAGCACGGAUUCACAAGGAAGGCCUGUAAUACAGCGAGUUGGCCACUAGGUGUCAGUAAAGAGACAUUUGCUGUUAUUGUAGCAGCAGUUUUUCUCCUGUUGGUUGAAAUUAGUAAUAAAAUGUUAUAUUUAAUGUG